AUGGGCCGGCUUCGCAACUUGUCAGCGAGCUUCAAGGCUGCGGCUUUCAGCAACGGUUCCACCCUCUCAAUUCCGGGACUCUCCAAGACGUCUACCGACGGCCAGACUAAACACCUCGACCAGGGCUCCCCAUCGUCGACUAGAUUUGAAGACUCACCAGCACCCACGGAGUCUCCUAGAACGACGCCUCGGACCGACCGGGCUGCGUCCCGUCCUGCAUCUAUGGUGUACACACCGCCGUCAAUGGAAUAUGAAAGAGACCAGCAUAUUGAAGAGUUGAGACCAGUAUUCAGUUUCUUAUCGAGCCAUAGCAACAAGCUCUAUCAAGAAGGAUAUUUCCUCAAACUGAACGAUCUUGACACUCACGGCAGACCCAAUGCUGACCGCAACUGGACGGAAUGCUUCGCUCAGCUGGUAGGCACCGUGCUCUCCCUCUGGGAUGCGGCAGCUCUGGAUGCUGCCGGUCAAGAUGGAGAGGUUGCCCCCACCUUCAUCAACCUGGCCGACGCUUCUAUCAAGAUGAUUGAGACCCUUCCUACUCGUAAUCCCGAUGUACAACCCCUGCAAAAUGUGCUCUCGAUCUCGACAGCGGGCAAGAACCGAUAUCUGCUGCAUUUCAACUCACUCCACUCCCUAACACAGUGGACUGCUGGUAUCCGACUCUCAAUGUUCGAACUUGCGUCCCUGCAGGAGUUAUACACUGGCUCACUGGUCGCUGGCAAGGGCAAGUACCUGAAUAAUAUCCGAAUGAUCAUGGAGAGGACAAAAUUCAAGACAGAAGACUGGACACGCGUUCGAUUCGGCGCUGGCACCCCUUGGAGACGUUGCUGGUGUGUCAUCGAACCACCCGACGAGAAAGAGUGGCAGAGAUCCAAUAAGUCUCUCAAGAAGAAAUCGGCGUACGACCGACCGACGCUGCCCAAAGGACUUAUCAAGUUCUACGACACUAAGAAGACGAAGAAGGCUGUGCCGAUCGCAACCAUUACCGACGCGUAUGCCGCCUACGCCGUUUACCCCCAGUCCAAAGCAUUGAUUGACCAAUCAACCCUGGUCAAAGUGGAAGGCCGUAUCACAAUUCACUCGAAACCAGAGUCCAAGACCGAAGGCUUCGUCUUCGUUAUGCCUGAGCUGCAUCCGGCAGUCACAGGAUUCGAGAUGAUGCUCCGCUGGCUCUUCCCGGUGUAUGACAUUUUCCAGCUGUAUGGUCGACCGCAGCGACUGAUCGCCGACACGUGGGACCCGAGGGGACUCAUGUUUGCUAUGCCGAAAGAACGGAGAUAUGGUUACUUGGACAUCAUGGAUGUUGCAGCUUUGAUACACACACAGGGGAGUGAGAAAUGGAGCGAGCGAGAAUGGCGCAAACAGCUCAAAGAGACAACCUCGAAACGAAUGUCAAUGACGGCACAGAAGCGGUCGAAUGGCAGCCUCGAGAACAGACGCAGUUAUCGGGCUGCGUCAGAGUCGAGACCAGGAGUGCGGUACGACGAUAGCGAAUCAGUUCGGUCGACACCUUCCCAACAUCAUCACAACCAAUCAACGGAUGCGGUGUUCGCCUCGCCACAGAAAUCAGUGACGGCUCCGGCAAACGUCGCAUAUCUAUCUCCUGGAAAGAACCAUCACUCAAGGUCUGUGUCCGAGUCCGUGGCCUAUAUGUCUCCUACCAAAAGUCAUCGCCAGCAAAAUAAUUACAACCCGUCUAGGUUGUCAGCUGAGUACACUGAGGAGUUGAACACCAUUGAGGCUCCUCCACCGCCUCCAGCACAUCGAAAUCCACUCAUGUAUAAUGCUGUCACAAGCGAGGCGGAAGGUUCUGACAGCCGGUACAGCUCAGACAGCGACGGGCAAGGGCCGCGGACCUACGCGGAAGAUGUUCAGGAAGAUGUCAGAGAAGCAACACCGCCUGCGCCGGUCAUGGCUCCGCCAGACAUGCAGCAUCAAGCUGGUGAUGUUCCGCAGAAGCGACCCGAUACUCGACCCGAUUUGAGGCGAGAAAAAAGUCGCAUGUCAAAUGGAACAUUGUCUCAGAUUGUUGAUGUGAACAGACUUGCGAGUGGUGGGGCGGUUGCGGGUCAAGCAGCCAUGGUGGCGUGGAACCAAGGCCGAGGACAGGGGGAGAAUUCGAUCCAGGGGCCUCGAGGGGUAAUACAUGAGACCCCACACCACAAAGAUAUGUCUGCUAAUCAACCUGUUUCUCAAGAAGUGGUAGCAGACGGUGCUUAUACCCAACCUCCUGACACGAUUGAUGUCAGACCAGAAUUCGCUGCACGCCCGAGUGAGCAUACGAUCCCUCGAAAACCGAUCCUACGGAAGCCAGUUCUGACAGCAACCUCAACAUUGUUAGCGCGGCCGAGCCAUACUCAAGUGGCCGAUAAUAUGUCUCAAUAUUCAGCAUCCGACUAUGACAGAGACAGAAGCAGCUCACCUGACUAUGACAGCCUUCCCGACGACCAUAAUCCCCAGAUCGCCGCUAGACGGACACGGACCGGUGUCCUGAAAAUGGUUGGUGACCCAACCCUGUCGACAACCCCCGAUGCUCAGAAUACAAACAAUCACGAUAUACCUGUUGUUGAUUUCGGCACGACCUUCACUCCUACCUUGACUCCAGGACAUAGCCGUCCUGCAACCGCUUCUGGGAUACAUGUAGAGGAGCCGUUGUCGGAUCGUCCCCUAACGGCACCCACGACGCCUCUAAGGAGAUCACCUCAAGAUGGAAGGAUAUCUCCGGGUGUCUUCAUGGGUAGCGACGAACCGAGAUCGCCGCUUGAUAAACAGAGCCCUCGACCUAGUCACUCUCGGUCCUCGAGCUAUGCUUGGCGUCCAGGGACAAGUUUAGCGAGACAUGACUCGAUGGGAGGGUUGACGGCUGAAGAAUUCGUGCAGCAGCGUGCUGUAGCUGCUCGCGUACCGCAUGGCUAUUCACCUCACCGAAGUGUCUCGUAUAGUAAGGCGGAGCAGUCUCCUGAGAACCUGCCGAGAAAGCGACAUUCAAUCAUGGUUCGGCCGAGCUCGAGGAAUUCGCUUUUGGUGGACUAUACGCCGCACUUAUCGGCCAGAGAGCAGGAGCACAUUGCAAAGAUGACGGGCGGGCCACUGCUCCAAAUGAACGAGAGAAGCAGGACACCGGAUCCGUCAGUCGGCCUCAUUGGAGCAAUCGAAGCGCGAGAGCAAGAAAAGAGAAAUAUCAAGGGAGGGGUCGCCGGCCAUAUGGUGCAGGAGGCCAUUGCACAGAGGCAGGCUGCGGAGCGCAACUACGGAACACAGCAAGCCACCAUCUACAGCUCCCCGAUUGAUACCAGACAGAGCGGGCAGUGGAGUAGCCCACAGGCGUCAAUGUAUUGGAGUGGUGCCAUGCCGCAGCAGCCGCAACAGUACUGGCCACAUCAUUCUGGCUGGCAGCAUCAGCAACAUGCUCCGACAGACCCGAUGCAACAGAUGCAGCUUCAGCAGCAGCACCAGAUGUACAAUGCAAGAUUUGGCGGAUAUUACCCGCCUCACGGUGGUCAUGGGUCUCGAUAA